GGUUUCUGCUCCUCCUUAGAGUGAAGAGGCCACAUGGCAUAACAGACUCAUCCAGUUUGGAGGCCCAGCUGUACCACCUCGACCAACAGCGUCUCUGUACGUCAUUUUCCUUUUCUACUGUUCUGUUUCUUUAUUUGCGAGUCCAGGAAGUUGAACAUCUCUUCUUGGAGGUUGAACUUCACUUUUAACCUCAAGGCUCUGUGAAAGACAGCCAUAAGACCAGUUAACGAUUAGUGAGCCCCAAGUGAGUGCUUGGGGGCGGCUGGCCUAUGUGGUAGCUCUGUCUUUCAGCGUCUCCUUCACAACAGCUCUGAGACUCCACCUCAGCAAUGCCUCCUGGCCUCUGGUUGUGGGGGCCCCUUUUGUGGCUCAGCACUGGAAGUUCAGGGAAUGUACCUCCUACCACACAGCCAAAGUGCACUGACUUCCAGAAUGCCAACCUCCUCCAAGGCACAAAUCUCAGAGUCCAGUUUCUCCUCUUUACCCCUCCAGACCCCAGCUGUGGUCAGCUAGUAAAAGGAAGCAGUGACAUCCAAAACUCCAAGUUCAAUGCCACUCUGGGAACCAAACUACUUAUUCAUGGAUUCAGGGCUUUAGGAACAAAGCCUUCUUGGACUGACACAUUCAUCAGAGCUCUUCUGCGGGCAGCAGAUGCUAAUGUGAUUGCUGUUGACUGGGUUUAUGGCUCUACUGGUGUCUACUUCUCAGCUGUAGAAAAUGUAGUAAAGCUGAGCCUAGAGAUCUCCCGUUUCCUCAGCCAACUCCUGGAGCUGGGUGUGUCGGAAUCAUCAAUCCACAUCAUUGGUGUUAGUUUGGGAGCUCAUGUUGGAGGCAUGGUGGGACAUUUCUACAAAGGACAGUUGGGACGGAUCACAGGCCUGGACCCUGCUGGACCAGAGUACACCAGAGCCAGCCUGGAGGAGCGUUUGGAUGCUGGAGAUGCCCUCUUUGUGGAAGCUAUCCACACAGACACUGACAAUUUGGGUAUCCGGAUUCCUGUUGGACAUGUGGACUACUUUGUCAAUGGAGGCCAAGACCAGCCUGGCUGCCCCAGGUUCUUUCAUGCAGGUUACAGUUAUCUGAUCUGUGAUCACAUGAGGGCUGUGCAUCUCUACAUCAGUGCCCUGGAGAACUCCUGCCCGUUGAUGGCUUUUCCUUGUGCCAGCUACAAGGCCUUCCUUGAUGGAAACUGUCUGGAUUGCUUUAAUCCUUUCCUGCUUUCCUGUCCAAGGAUUGGACUGGAGGAAAAAGGUGGUAUCAAGCUAGAGCCGCUUCCCAAGGGAGUGAGAGUCUAUCUCCUGACCACAGCCAGGGCCCCUUACUGCGUGCAUCCCAGUCUUGUGGAGUUUUACUUGCAAGAGACAAGAAAAAAGGACACCAGCAUCGAGAUCACCUUUCUUAGCAGCAAUAUUACUUCUACGGUCAAGAUCAUCAUACCUAAACAACAGCUUCAGGGGAGGGCAGUCAUUGCUCACCCCUACCCUCAGUGCCAGAUAAACCAAGUGAAGUUCAAGUUCCAAGUUUCUAGCCGGGUUUGGAGAAAAGACAAGACUACCAUUGUGGGAAAGUUCUGCACUGCCCCUCUGCCCGUCAAUGACAGCAAAAAUACUGUCUGCUUACCUGAGCCAGUGAAUCUUCAAGCAAAUGUGCCUGUUUUACAGGACCUGAAAAUAGCCUGUGUAUAACCUAAGCCUGGGCAGGAUGUAUUGCCUAGAUUUUUUAAGGGAAGUAUGGUAAGGGAUAUGCUUGUGUGUAACUUACACUGUUCCAUUACUACUAAGGAUGAAGGUCAAAGUCUUGGUCAUUUUCCCCAUAAGUAGUUACUGUGGAGGGGAGAGAUAACUCAUUGUACAAAACUUGAUCUCGUCAUCAACCUACAAAGCUUUCCCUAGAUACCAUUUCAACUUCCCUAUUUCUAUGAAACUGUAAUUGCUUUAUAUCCUUAGUUAUAUACACUUAGGAUUCCAUGGAGACAUUUACAGAGAAAAUGUUUUAAUAAACUAUCAUCGAAUAUAUAAA